UUGUUGAUAUGACGGUCUCCCGUUGUGUCUGACGCUGUCAAAACUGAACUGUCAUAUUGAAUGCACACACUCACACACAUUCGCACAAAGUGUUUUUUUAUCUGGGCGGGCGUAAAGAAAAACUCCCAACGGCAAGUAAGAAACGAACGCAAAGCCAUGGCCGCAACUCUAAAGCCUUACCUGACCGCGGUUCGUCACACCCUCACGGCCGCAAUGUGCUUGAGCAAUUUCUCGUCCCAGGUCGUCGAACGGCACAACAAACCUGAAGUAGAGGUCCGCAGCAGCAAGGAACUCUUGCUAACCCCGGUUGUGAUAUCGCGUAAUGAAAAGGAACGGGUACUGAUAGAAACGAGCGUCAAUUCGGUGCGUAUCAGUAUUGCCGUCAAGCAGGCGGACGAAAUUGAAAAGAUCCUUUGCCACAAGUUCACCCGGUUCAUGAUGAUGCGGGCAGAAAACUUCAUCAUACUGCGACGAAAACCAAUCGACGGCUACGAUAUCAGCUUCCUCAUCACUAACUUUCACACCGAGCAGAUGUACAAGCACAAACUGGUAGACUUCGUUAUCCACUUCAUGGAGGAAAUCGAUAAGGAGAUCAGCGAGAUGAAGUUGGCCGUCAAUGCCCGAGCGCGUAUUUGUUCGGAGGAGUUCCUGAAGCGAUUUUAAUUUCGUUUCAGUGGUUACAUUCCAACUUUCCGUGCAUGUCUACUUUCCCUUUUUGGCCAGCACUUGUACUGUUCUAUUAAAGAAUGUUUAGUUUCACCGCAAACUAGCCAAACGUAUUUAGAAGUAGCGGCAAUAAAACGUGGUAUAAGCGAAACGUGUAUUAAUUCAUUCGAAUCCCACAUUGAACCGUAUUACAAGGAGGAAAUCUGUCCUGAGGAAUUUCACCAUCAAACAAGCUAAUCGCGAAUGUCAUUAAGUUCAUAAUUUUAUCUACGACAGGAAUUUAUAACUUCAGUUAUGAAGAGACAGAAAUAUAAAGUUUAUAACACACGAAAGAACGUACGACAACACA